CAACCACCAAUUCCAUUACACAAACUAUCUACAAAACCCCCUUUGGGCGUUUUCGUUCCUCCUAGUAUACCGAGCAUGUACCAACGAAAUGGCUGUAGACGGACGGAUAAGUUAACAACUAGUAGUAUCCACCCGCCCACGUACUUCAACAAACGCCGCGCAAUUCCAACUGCAGGAUGCAUGUCCUGAACACUGCACACAUCAUGUGCAGCCGCAUGGUUUUCCCUCUCGUUUUCUUGUCCCUUAGCUAUGCGGCGACGCUAUACCCCUCUCUUUUCCAUCCGGCUCGGUCUGGUACGGUAUCCCGUACAACUCUUAGCAAAACAUUCACCAUCCUUUCACCUUGUAAUUACCCCAACCCCCAAACCCCCAACCACGAAAGAGGUAUUUCCGCUGCUCUUGCUUCUGGCGCGCGGGUGAAAUCGCUUCCAUGAUUCCAACCGGACGAGGCUGUCCUAGCAAUUGCACGCCCACAAGUCUAGCCCCGCCAGCGUCCGGUCCAUGAUUGUGCCGAUCUCUUGCAGCUAUUU